AUUCCUAGGGCCCGGCACCGGGGCGGGGAGCCCUGGAAGAUUUAACCCAGGAGAGCCGCUGGUGGGAGGCUCGGGCUGGCGCCAGUGCGCGCUUAGGCCCUUUCCUGGCCCGCAGCCGCCACCUGCCCAGUGACCAUGAUAGUGUUUGUCAGGUUCAACUCCAGCCAUGGUUUCCCAGUGGAGGUCGAUUCUGACACCAGCAUCUUCCAGCUCAAGGAGGUGGUUGCUAAGCGACAGGGGGUUCCGACUGACCAGUUGCGUGUGAUUUUCGCAGGGAAGGAGCUGAGGAAUGACUGGACUGUGCAGAACUGUGACCUGGAUCAGCAGAGCAUCGUUCACAUUGUUCAGAGACCAUGGAGAAAAGGUCAAGAAAUGAAUGCAACUGGAGGCGACAACCCCAGAAACACGGCGGGAGGCUGUGAGCGGGAACCCCAGAGCUUGACUCGGGUGGACCUCAGCAGCUCAGUCCUCCCAGGAGACUCUGUGGGGCUGGCUGUCAUUCUGCACACUGACAGCAGGAAUGACUCACCACCAGCUGGCAGUCCAGCAGAUAGACCAAUCUACAACAGCUUUUAUGUGUAUUGCAAAGGCCCCUGUCAAAGAGUGCAGCCGGGAAAACUCAGGGUACAGUGCAGCACCUGCAGACAAGCAACACUCACCUUGACCCAGGGUCCAUCUUGCUGGGAUGAUGUUUUAAUUCCAAACCGGAUGAAUGGUGAAUGCCAGUCCCCAAACUGCCCUGGGACUACUGCAGAAUUUUUCUUUAAAUGUGGAGCACACCCCACCUCUGACAAGGAAACAUCAGUAGCUUUGCACCUGAUCGCAACAAAUAGUCGGAACAUCACUUGCAUUACGUGUACCGACGUCAGGAGCCCCGUCCUGGUUUUCCAGUGCAACUCCCGCCACGUGAUUUGCUUAGACUGUUUCCACUUAUACUGUGUGACAAGACUCAAUGAUCGGCAGUUUGUUCAUGACCCUCAACUUGGCUACUCCCUGCCUUGUGUGGCUGGCUGUCCCAACUCCUUGAUUAAAGAGCUCCAUCACUUCAGGAUUCUGGGAGAAGAGCAGUACAACCGAUACCAGCAGUAUGGUGCAGAGGAGUGUGUCCUGCAGAUGGGGGGCGUGUUAUGCCCCCGCCCUGGCUGUGGAGCGGGGCUGCUGCCGGAGCCUGACCAGAUGAAAGUCACCUGCGAAGGCGGCAACGGCCUGGGCUGUGGGUUUGCCUUCUGCCGGGAGUGUAAAGAAGCAUACCAUGAAGGGGAGUGCAGUGCCCUAUUUGAAGCCUCAGGAACAACUACUCAGGCCUACAGAGUUGAUGAAAGAGCCGCAGAGCAGGCUCGUUGGGAAGAAGCCUCCAAAGAAACCAUCAAGAAAACUACCAAGCCCUGUCCCCGCUGCCAUGUACCAGUGGAAAAAAAUGGAGGCUGCAUGCACAUGAAGUGUCCGCAGCCCCAGUGCAGGCUCGAGUGGUGCUGGAACUGUGGCUGCGAGUGGAACCGCGUCUGCAUGGGGGACCACUGGUUCGACGUGUAGCCAGGGCAGCCAGGCGCCCCAUCGCCCCAUCCUGGGGGAGCAUACACAGUGUCCUACCUUCAUUUGCUAAUUCUCUUUUCAAACACACACACACACACACACACACACACACUUCAAGUUUUUUUCAAAGUCCAACUACAGCCAAAUUACAGAAGAACCUCCUGGAUCCCUUUCACUAUGUCCAUGAAAAACAGCAGAGCAACAUUACGGAAGAAGCUCCUGAAUCCCUUUCAGUUUGUCCACACAAAACAGCAGAGCAGCAUUACGGAAGAAGCUCCUGAAUCCCUUUCAGUUUGUCCACACAAAACAGCAGAGCCGUCUGUGACACCAGCAAGAGGUGCUCUCGGCCUCAGGAUGACACAAAUCCCGGAGCACAGAUUCAAGUGCAAUCCAUGUAUCUCGUAUGGGUCGUUCUCACCUGAAUUCAAGUCAGGCAGAAUGAGUAGCUGGAGAGAGAGUUCUCGCGUUUAAUAUCCUGCAUUUUACCUUCAGUAAAUACCGUGAAGAUGGCAUCGACAAGGUGUUUCUCUGUAAAAUGAACUGCAGUGGGUUCUCAAAACUAGAUUCAUGGCUUUAACAGUAAUGUUCUUAUUUAAAUUUUCAGAGAGCAUCUAUUCCCGAAGAACCACAGGCAAUAGUCAAAAAAAUGUGUUUAUCCUUAAGAAUUCCAUCUCUAUAAAUUGCAUUAAUGAAAUGCCAACUAUGCAUAAAUCAACUUGUCAACUAAGUGAGAAAUUAUGAAAGUUAAUUUGAAUGUUGAAUGUUUGAAUUACAGGGAAGAAAUCAAGUUAAUGUACUUUUCUUCCAUUUCAUGAUUUGCAACUUUAGAAAGAAAUUGUUUUUCUGAAAGUAUUACCAAAAAAUCUGUAGUUUGAUUUUGAGUAUUCAUUUUGCAGCUUGGAGAUUUUGCUAACACGUUUAACUCCACUGUAAAUUUAAUGGAUAAUGUGCCUAUAAAGGAGACAUGUUUAGAAAUGGUUUCAAAAUGAUAUUCAAUCUUAACAAAAGUGAACAUUAUUAAGCCAGAAUCUUUAAAGAGGAGCCUUUCCAGAACUACUGAAAUGAAGGCGUGCCUGACUGUCUCCAUCAGAAUAGUUUAUGCCCUUUUGGCCCACCCUCUCCGUCCAAUCUGCAAGUCCCGGGGAGCUCUGCACACCCAGGGGUUCCCCAGGAGAGACCUUCUCUUAGGACAGUUAACUCACUAGAAUAUUCCUUAUGUUGACAUGGAUUGGAUUUCAGUUCAAUCAAACUUUCAGCUUUUCUUCAGCCAUUCACAGCACAAUCAAAAGAUUAACAACACGACAUGCGGCAAACCUCAUGUUCUUACGCACACUACGCAGAAGAGAAAGCACAACCACUAUCUUUUGUUCUACUUGUAUUGUUUGACUUCUCAGGAAGAUCGUGGACAUAACUGAGGGCAUGAGUAUCACUAGCACAUGGAGGCCCUUUUGGAUUUAGAGACUCUGUAAAUUAUGAAAUGGGUAACAGGGCCUCUCUUUUUAGAUGUAGCACCUGAAAUCCUUGCUGGAGGAAAGAGAGGGGAUGAACUCAAAUUUUCCACAUCCCGGGACACCUGUCCCUCUUUUCCUAACUGCCUGAGAUAAUCCAUUUCUUCCAGCCACCUGGGACAGUCCUGUCCUCUCAGAGGCCCUGCACUGAGGACAGACUGGGCUCUGCAACAGCCACAUCAGCAUCCACAGCUUCAUGUGGCUUCACUGUCUGAAGAUCUGCCGACACCAGCAUGGCCCCACGGUGACAACAGACCUGCGACAGGAAGCCCAAAGCUCACAGCGAAAUGGUAGAGAGAUCAAAGUCUCUAUAGUAAGGGAAAAAAGAGAGGUCGCAGGCAUGAGCCCCAGCAGCCAGUGGCUUGUGUCCACACGGAGUCCAGACCCUGAUCAGGGCCUGACUUAGUGUCGCUGGCAAUCCCACUAAAUUGCAGUUCCUUACGCUGGCCCAAUGCGACAAGUCAGGUGGCUCCCUUCUGUCACAGGAACCACACAGUGUUUCCCAUCAUCCAUAGCUUUCUUCCUGAUGAUGUUUGCAUGAUUGCGCCUUCCCAGCCUGCAUGCUGCGUUGGGCUUGCGGUGCCUGAACAAGCUUUGCUCCCAUGAGCUCAGGCACCCUAGGAACCCCUGUUAAACUAUUAGACUGUCCAGCUUGGUCUCCUUUCCUUUCUUGGUGGUGGUCUUUUCCCUUUCCAGAAUAGAACAGUGAUUCUUAAAAUAAGUUAGAGCAGACUGGGCGCAGUGGCUCAUGCCUAUAAUCCCAGCACUUUGGGAGGCUGAGGUGGGUGGAUCACGAGGUCAGGAGUUCAAGACCAGGCUGGCCAAGACGACGAAAGCCCAUCUCUACUAAAAAUACAAAGUUAGCUGGGCGUGGUGGCAGGCGCCUAUAAUCCCAGCUUCUCGGGAGGCUGAGGCAGGAGAAUCACUCGAACCCAGGGAGCAGAGUUUGCAGUGAGCCAAGAUGGCGCCACUCUGUUACCUGAGCAACAGAGUGAAACUCUGUCUCAAAAAAAAAAAAAGCAAAAUCAUCCACUACACAUGAGCAUGAAUCACAGUAUUAUUUGCACAGGAAGGGUGUAACAAAAUAUGAAUGUAUCAAAAAAUAGAAAUAAAGUCUUUGCAGAAAAAAUCUGUUUUCUGUGACAUGUGUUGAGAUUAUCUGACAAUUCUAAGAUUGUACUUAAAUUGUCAAUAAAAGCAUCAAAAGAGC